AUGGCCGCGGACGCCAGGAGGUGGCCGCCGAGCAGAGGCUCCGACGACCAACCGGUCCCCGAGGGCCCGCUCCGGGCCGGCUGGAAAACCAACUUCCGCUGCGCGCUGAGCAGCACCAAGCGCUUUGAGAUGCUGCAGGACAACUCGGGAGACCCCACGGACCCGCACAAAGUGUACGCGGUCAGAUCCCACGUGGGGCACAGAGAUCCAGGCAUUAACCAGGGAGAGGACGAGGCCCUUGAAGAUGAUCCACCCGCAAGGAGUGGGCUCCCUGGGCCGUGCAUGGCAGGAGAUGCCGGCGAGAGACACGUGCCCUGCGCCCCAAGCCCUCUGGGGGGCCCGGCUGGCUACACAGAGGAUCUCCUGCUCCAGGCCCUUCAGCAGAGCGUCCUGGAGGACCACCUGCUGGAAGCUGCGCAGGGGGUGGACCCAGUCACUCCAGAGGCUUCUGGUCCAGAGCUCCCUCCCAGGGAACUGUACCUUCCCUGGGCUGUGGAGGUGGCCCCCAGGUCACCGCCCCAGGCCCAGAUGACAGAUGCAGGUCCAGCCCCAGAGACCUGGCAGCCCCCACCUGAGGCGGAGCCCUGCACCAAACCCACCCUCAGUACCUGCACCCAGAUGGAGGGGCCGACCUGCCUGCAGCUCCAUAAGCACACACAGCCCAGCCCGGGGGCCCUGCACGUGACCAUCAUGUACAAGGGCCGAACGGUGCUGCAGGAGGUGGUUGGGCGCCCAAGCUGUGUGCUGCUGUACGGGGCCCCUGGCCUCGCCAUUCAGGCCACAGAGCCCCAGCUUGUGGCCUUCCCCAGCCCCACUGAGCUCCCGGACCAGAAGCAGCUUCACUACACAGAAAAGCUGCUGCAGCAUGUGGCCCCCGGCCUGCUGCUUGAGCUCCGGGGGUCUGCACUGUGGGCCCGGCGCCUGGGCAAAUGUAAGGUCUACUGGGAGGUGGGCAGCCCCCUGAGCUCCGACAGCCCCUCCACCCCAGCCUGCCUGCUGCAAAGGGACUGCGACACCUGCAUCUUUGACUUUGGCACCUUCUUCCAAGAGCUCGUGGAAUUCCAGGCACGUAGGCGCCAGGGCACCCCACACUACACCAUCUACCUGGGCUUUGGGCAGGACUUAUCAGCCGGGAGGCCCAAGGAGAGGAGCCUGGUCCUAGUGAAGCUGGAGCCGUGGCUGUGCCGGUUGUACGUGGAGGCUGUGCAGAGGGAAGGUGCAUCCUCCCUGGACAGCGGCAGCCUCAGCCUCUGCCUGUCCAGCUACAACAGCCUGUAUGAGGACCUGGAGCACUUCUUGGAGAACUACUUAAUGGAGGUGGAGCAGCCAGCCUAGGCUGUACGGCCUCCCUGACCCAAUAAAAAGACUCGGGACCUAA